AUGAGCCUGGCAGAGGACGCCGUUCUGCUGGACAAGUCCCCGUUCCCGCCGCUGCAGUUGUCGUACGAGGAGCAGCAGCACUGCCAUGACGUGAGCCUCCAAUUGCUGGAGCGAGUGCUGCGCAGCUACGACGAGCGACUGGCCGGAAUCACGCCGCGGCACCACGCGAAUCUCGACAGCGCGCGCUGGAAGCUCGAGAAGACGCAGGAGAAUGCGUCAAUGUACACGGAACGCAUCCGCCACGUUCGGUCGGACCUCCAUCUCCCCGACGACGUCUGGGAAGAUCCGAUCGUGCUGAUGAUGGCGGGGAACAUCGCGGCGCCCCUGGACGAGGUCAUGUUUGGGCUGGCGAUACCUACAAUCGAAGCGUUUAAAAUCCGGGUGUCAACUCUCGGGAACCAGGACCUCGGUGGCGCAAUACUCGCGAAACUAGUGGGACCGACGGAGGAGAAACCUUUCCAAAAUCUGUCGGUUCUCUACAUGACCACGGAGCUGCCGUGGCUCGUGAGCAAGGUGGUGAGACCAAGAGACUUCGUGCUGCUGUCGGCAUCUGGGGUCGUCACGACCGCAGCUGGGGAACGAAUUGGGUAUGAUCUGUUGCAGCCGGCGCCGCUGCCGCAGUGCGGACCACUUCCAAAGCCGAUGAUUCGCGGCAAGUACGUGUUUGGCGCACUGUAUCGACAGCUAGAAGACGGCACCGUUGACGUCUACGUGCAGCAGUAUCUCGAGGCAAUGGGAAACAUCUUCGACUCCUAUGCGAUCAGUUCCGCGUGGCAAGGAAUCCUGGGCUUCUUCAGCGCGCCGGUGCUUUCGGAGCACAAGAAGCUGCAGUGGUGCAUAGCCCACAUGAGAAGCGCACGGCGACGAGGGAUGACGCUCGACUCAGCAGCUGACCGACGCACUUGUGUGCUGUGCCUGGCCCCGGUGUGCGUCAACUGUCGCGAGGAACGAGUUUACAAGGUGGUGGAGCGACAUCCGCGGAAGAAGGUUUUGUCCACUCGGAAGAAGGAAGUGUUCGUCUGCCGGCCGUGUCUGGACUUCGUGCAGCGGCACAAGCCUGCCGAUAUUGCGAGAUACAGCAUCAACGACCAGCUCACCCCCUCGUCCGAUUCUAGCCGAGAUACUAACGGUAGCGGACCAGUAACGUGGGGCCUGCUGUACGGCGACUCCGUGCCGGAGUGGUCGCCAACGCGAUCCCUGUCGGUGUCGAGUCAGUCCUUCGAUUCGUUCAGCUGGAAUCCCGAACCGUAG